UGUAACCAUCACUCAUGUUCUCAGCUGAUAGGCUCGUGUUGUUUUGGUCAUAACAUGUCAUCUUGUUCUGCUGAGGAUAAUGAAUUGCUCAGUAUCAGGCAGUGCUGUAAACUACAGCUGUGAGUGGUGAGGAAGUAGUGAGUAAGGGUGCAGCAGCUCUGAUGAGAGCUUAGCAACAGAGCUCUAAAGAGGAGCGAGGGCGGCCCUCCUGCUCCAUAUGUGAGUGUCCAUCACCUUUACACACUCUGCUGCAGCCAAGACUCCUGGGAAAGAGCUCACUGCACCCAUGUCCUAUUAUAGCAGUGCCUGGCUGCAAAGUUAAGACUGGCGUGAGACAGUUUGACAUCGGGGGGACAUUUGAAAAUUGACUGACUGAGAGGAGGAGGAGUCAGCUCAAAAAUAUCCCUCUUAUUGUGACCCUUCUUUUACCCCCUUUUAUUAAGUUAACAGAGACUGUCCAGUUUAGACAAUUUUCUUAGACUUUAAUAACUGACAGUUACUGGGCUGACUGGAACUGUACUUGUUUUAUAUUAAGAACAAUAAAAAAAUUGGGGUAAAAAUACUGAAUGGACAUGUUUAACUAUUAAAAUCCCAAAGAGGGAUCAGAUAUCAUCUGUUGACAAGUCUAAGGCACGGUUCAGCCAAAAGAAGUGAGUGACACUUGUUAGGGAAGCAAGAAGCUAUUUUUACACAGUGGGCACAUGUUCAUCUGGUUAGAUGCAUGCUAUCCCCCACAACAACACCACAAGUGGAUGCAUGUUAUGCCACAAACAACAGGGAUUUUUAUUUUCUACUGGCACUUCAAUGGUGCUCCAAUGUAAUUUUGACUAUUAAGGCCUGACACGGCACAACAGAAUUACUGGCUUGGUUUUUUUUCAUCUGCUUGACACUUGACACCACAUGGUUAUUCCGAUACGUGUGCUGUUUCAAGCCAUCAUCCCAUGUUUCCAGCUCGAUCGUCUCUGCCUGAUGCCACUGCUGUUUCAGCGUGUUUCUGCUUCUGAAUCCUCGUUGCUUUAGCCCCGCCGGGCCCUUGUACAAAGUGGCCUUUAUGUCUGCACUUUAUCAACCUUAAGGAGAGCCCAGCAAAAGCAUUGUUGAAGAGAUCUUUUUGCUACACAUAUGCAACGGAUAAGGAAUAGCUUCUGUCUAAAGCAUGAAAAAAAUCCUCCACUAAAAAAUGAGAUAUAAGAGCAAAAGGAAAGGAAGGCAUUUUGAUCACCUCUUAGAAGGUGAACUACUUAAAUGCAAGACACCCUGCGUCAGCCAUCUCAAGACUGACAGGGACAACUGUGCCCUGUCCAUGAGAGUGAGCGCUUGAAAUGAGCUCCCUGGAAAAGUGCCACACAGGCCAGUGGGGAAGCAUGCAGGGCCACCGCAAAUACUCAGAUGGCCUCAGUGACACAUCCAGCAGUGGCAGCUUUAUGGACGACACAGAUAGGGAGGUGAGCAACCUCACUGAUCGUGCCUUCAGGAGCCUAUGCAUUGGAGAGGAGGCCAUUUACAAUGACUCGGAAUUCUCCUCGUCUCCUACUGAACGACAUAAGGCAUUUGCAGAGGAAGCCCAGCAAAAGACAAUCUCCCACAAGGCAUUUUCAUACAGUGUUCAACAAUAUGGUGAGGCAGAAGUACAACCUGAGAUGGCCUCAACAUUCCAGCAUUCCUAUGUGGAUGUAACCCAUCAGGAACAGGCUUUCAGAGAGGGAAGCUUGUCUUAUAUGAACAAUGGCUCCAAGGAGGUGACGUGGCAGCAGAGCAGGAGCACAUCCAGAGUGUCAUCUCUAAUCAAAGCCUUUAGUUCAGGGGAGUGUUACCAAGACAGUGGGACAUAUGAUGUUAUUCUGGCAAGGGAUAGGUAUAGAGACUUUGGCAGUGAAUCAUGGGACAAAUCAGCUAUGCUAAACAUCCAGAGGGAACUCUCUGAGUUCUCUUCAGGAUACCAGCAGAAUUUUAAGUCAGGCCCCUUUCAGUCUUACAGAAACCAUUUUUACACAUCCGAUGUGGCUGCCGCUGUGGCACAGAUGGACACAACAGUCCUGAUGAAAUCUUCGAAAAGUAAGUUCAAGGCACUGAACUCUACAAACUGUUUCUUCCAUAGUGAAUUCAGCCCCUUCCAGCUUUGGGAAGAGUACAACAGGUUUUCCUUCCAAAGUACAAAUGUGUCAGGGUUUAUGUCGGCUAAUGAAUUCCCACGAUGGUAUGAUUCUCCCAUGUACAAAGAGCUGAAAGACAACCACAGAAUUCCGAACUCUCUGUGUGAAAGUAGCCGCUUCAAUCAGAGACAAAUUCAAGACGUUGUGUCUAGCCAGCGCUCCAGGUCCACGGUUGUCCAGAAAGCCUCUGCGAUUGAAAAGAGGUGCGAAUCUGAGAUGGCUUCCAACUAUCCGCCUUGGAAGAAAAACAAUAACUUUGUAAGGAACAAGCUUCCAGGCAACCGACCCUCCACCGUCUCGCCUACUAAUGAGAGAACAUGUAGGCCGGAUUCAAAAUUGUUUAGCAAUAAUAGAGUUACACAUGAGAUAGUGGUCGAGAGCAACUUGCCUAGCAGUGUGACACCCUUCAACAUCACUCAGCUCCUCACACCGGUUAUUCACACAAGACAAGAAACAGAGACGUCUGAGAUCCUGCAGUUUGCACACACUCCUUCUGUUUCUGAUUAUUCUUCCCAGGGUGAAACUGACCCUAAACUUCAGACUGAUGUCAAACAUCUGCGUGACAGCUACAAAUCUAAAGCUUCAGGUCUGCUAUUCAACCUCAAAGACAACCGAAAAAGAGUCAAGAGUACAUACAGUCCCACAAGAUUUAAAGGGCUAGAAAUAACAGAUCCAAAUAAGCAGUCCUCAAAGCUAGAGGGCAGAGAAUCCAGAUUUUCAGAUAUUUUUGUAUCCCAAGAAACUGCUCAGGAGAAUUUGAUUGGAAUGGAUGCACAAGCCUCUUGUAACCCAAUUCGAGAGUCCAGUGUGGGUCCUAUCACCCCUGAAGAUUAUACCGAUGGCUUUGGAUCAUAUGAUAAUUUGACAUUAACUUCACCUCAACUUCAGGACAGAGUCGCUAAUUACAAAUUGUUCUGUGGAAGUUCAGAGGGUCACUCUCGUAGCACAGAUCCGCUGGCUAACACAAAGCUCUCAACACACAAUCUUUCAGCACAGGAUAAAAGCUCUCUGACUUCAGAAGGUCAAUUAAUAGACCUCAACAGUACUUUUAUUCCUGCUAGGCCAGAAAUAGCAAAUGUGCUUCCAAAGGCUUACCUACCAACACAUUCUCUGCCCGCACAAACAUCAGAGCUAUACGGCCAGAGUGAUAACGCAAAUCAAAAUGAUCUAAAACAAAGAAAGGAUUUAGGAAGAAAAACAUUUACUGAAUACAGUCAAAAUGAGGCUGUUAAAGAAAAAUGUCCUUGGGACCAGAUUGGUUCUGUCAAGGAAACAGAUGGCAGAUCUGAAUCACGGCCAUUUAGAGGAGAAAUAGCAGCACUGAUUGAGAUGGACAAACAGAGAAAGGCCACCGCUAAGCAAUAUUUUGCCAAUGACAGCUAUUCUGUCCGAAAGGAAACAUACAUGCAAAAAGCGAAUGAAGACAUUAAACUUGGUCGACUUGCAAAGGAGGACGAGAAAGAGGUCAGGGAAGAUACAGUAUCACCCAGGAAAACAUCUUACAGUGAAAAAUCUAUACAUGACAACCAAUUAAACACAUUUUCAAAGCCUACUGAAUCAUACGGAAUACCAAAAAACAGUCUCCAGAACAAAACAUCUCCUCUAACGGAAGUUUAUGGUGGUUUACAAAGCUUUAGUGCCAAAAAUGAUUUUGUUAAAGGAGUACCAGAGCACAAUUCUUCUUUUAACACCAUGGCGACACAAAAUACAUUUUAUAAGAGAGCUCAUGCACCUUUACAAGAUUAUAAAGGUCAAAAGAAUGAAGGAUUGUACUCUUAUCAGCCAUACAGGUAUGAGCCUAACAAACAGUGGCACAUGUCAUCAACAAGUGAAGAUAGACACAAUAAGGAAAGUGUAUGUACACAGAAACAAUCAGAGAUGCUUGAAAAAUCUGGUGCCAAGAGUUAUACAAUCUACAAUAAAUCUUCAAGUACACUACACACACUUCAAAAUGAGUUUUCCAGCAACAACGGUGCACCAAAUCCUGCUUUGCAGGAUAAAGAUUCAGUCGUCCCAAACAUUGACACCUCACAUCAAAAUAAUACAGGUUUACCAGCUAAACAAGAAGACAGGUUCAGCAUUAAUGAUAUUCUUGCCAUUAGAGAUAAUGAGCAAGCAAGACGGUUAAGAGAUAAUACAUUUGUUUUGGCUAAAUCAGAAAACCCACAAAAUCCAAUUCAAUAUGAUACAGCUGAAAAACUAGCCAUAACAGAGCCUGUAAAAGAGCAAGAACAACAAGGCUACAAAGUGCAGGAUUUUACAAGUCCAUCACCUGGUUAUGUGAGAAGGGAUUUUCAAAAUACAAAUGAAACAAAUACUAGCACUGACAGAAAAGACAGAACAAUGAGUAAAGAUACUGACAAGGUCACAACAAGGGUGCUUUCUUACAAGGAACGAGGCCAAAGUAAACAAGAAAUACUGACAUCGAAAUUGAAAGCACAUGCUCAAAAGGAAAUAUCAGCAAUUAAAGAAAAGGGACUUGCCAAACAAGGCAUUCUUGCGAGAAAUUCAACAAAAACAAGAGGGACUAUCAAUAAUGAUGUUCAAGAAGGCUAUUCUGUAAAAAAGGAAAUCACAGCAGACAAGCUGAAUCAUUUGUUUCAAGAUAUCACUUAUUCCAGCGUAACCCAGUACAAAGAACAAAUUAAAUUUCACAACGAUCAUCCCAAGAAUAGAACUCCACCAUCAAUGGAAAUACAACCUCUUCAUUUUGAAGAUAAUGAGAAUGCAGUCUCAGAAAAGAAGGAUGAGAAUGUGAAAUACAAACCUUUGGCUAUAGAAAGGCAGAAAGACAAACAUCCAGCUGAUGAUAAAGAGAUGAAAGAACCUCUGGACAGAAGAGCAACAGUGGAAAAUAAUGCCCAUAAAAACUACCAGCCAUCCAGAAUCUUAGAAGAUAAACAAAUAAGUAUGACAAACUCAGAGAAUAUAAACACUAAUAAGGAAUCGGCAAAGCAAAGUCAUGAAAUGUCACCAGAUGAAGCGAUGUCAGGACAUUUGACAGCUGCAGUCAAGAUCCACAGAGAGAACUACACUUCCCAUAAUCCACCUGCACUGCAUAAUGAAAAACAAAUAAUUCAGCAUGAUCAGAAAGAAAAUCUGUAUGGAAGUAGACAGAGUCAGUAUACUUCCUCUGAAAAAGCUGUGACUGAGCCUACUGAUAUAAUCAAAGAAGACUUGCAUGUUAAAAGCAAUGAAACUACAAAAUCAAGCAGCGGUUUGAAUAAAAAUUCUCUAUUGGGAUUGGAGAAAAACACACCCAGAGUUGAGGAAGCUAAUGUACAUCUUAAAAGUAAGAUUACCGCUGCCGUGGAGCAAUCUAAAAAUGAACCAAUCAAAAAUAGCUCUGCGAUUACAGCCAGUCAACUGACAUCCUCAUCAAGUGACAUGACGUCUAAAAAUGGAAUUCCACCUGCUAAAGGACUAAUGGAAUCGUCCAAAUCAGAGCUCACCUCAAACCUUCAAACCAAUACGUUGAAUGUAGAUCCAGAGCAGCUUAUAAAUAGAACCUACAAACACAAUUCUGGGGUCAGUUCAGAUUCAGAGGUGUCAUCAACAGACAAUACAGUCAAAAUCAACUCUGGACCAACAAAUAACUUGGCCUCAGAAAGAACCAGGGAGCCAGAAACACUAAAACCUUUUAAUAAUGAUGAUGUACAAGAAAUAAUAAACAAAAACAAUAUAACACAGGAAAAUGACUUGGCUAAGCAACAAAGCAACACUUCACAAGUAAAUGCUGUAGAAACUACCUCUCUAAACCAAAUGGUGGAGAGUCACUCAAAACCAGAAACAGAUGAAGAAUCAUUAACACAAAUAGCUUCAGAUGAAGCAAAAGAAAGCUGUCAACAAAAAGAACUCCAUCAAGAUGAAAAUACAAAGACUCUGUUCUCAUUUGAAAAAAAUGAACUCCCUAGAAGCUAUCAGAGUAUGUCAAGAAUGAAAGAUGAUUCAGAAGUAGUAAAUAACAGUCAACAGAAAGAGAAAAUUACAGAAAGUGGCAGCUCAAAACAAGAACAAGGAUUUUCCAGACCAUUACAAAUAUCACAUGACAAAAACAAUCCACAAAAAUCCACAGAAAAGUCUCAAGCAGUGAACUCGACCAAUUCCAAACCCCAAAAAUCAGCUGAAGAUGCACUAAAACCAAACGUCUCCCCCCAACAUGAAGUAAUAGUAGAGGAGGAUGCAACUCAGAAGAAUAAUACACAGCCUGUUUUAACACAAAAUGUAGAAUCCACAGCAGAUACAUCAAACGUCACUAUUCUUACACCAAGCAAUGAGGAACCUAGAGAGGAACCCAUGAUUUACAGUAUUUGUGUCUCAAGCAAAACAGAAGCAGUUUCGGAUGAUGAACCUAUGAUCUACACUAUUUGUGUGUCAAGUAAGUGUCAUAUUGAUGAGCAACAAAAUCCGGUAAAACAAGAAGAGGAGAGUUCUGUUGAAACUGAGAAAUUUGUGAAGGAUGAAAGUUUCUGCAUUAAAAACAAGAGAGUGGAAAAUGAACAUGAUGUUGAUAGACAGACUGAAGUUUCUUCAAACAUUGAAGAAAAAGAAGACAAGAUUGGAAAGUGUGAAACACUGACAACUACAGAUAAGUCAAGCAUCACAGGAAGAAUCAGUACAUCAUAUGCUAAAUAUGGGUUACCGGUCAGAGAUCAUGGUCAUCUCACAUCAAAACAAAUGCAGGAUGAGAGAGGACAAAAAGAAAAGGAGGAGACUGAAACUCACCUGUCACACAAAUCAAUGAAUCAUGGAAUGAACAAACCUCUGCCUUCCAAAGAGAAAAGCUCAGGUACAACACAAACACAUCCAGAUGACUCCAAAAAGGUUUCUGAUCAGCAAGAAUCCAUUACAAGUCAACCUUUAAAGGAGAAUGAGAGCGAAAUCAAGCAAGUAAAAGUGCAACACUAUGAUACCACAUCAAUAACUCAUUCCAGCAACAUGGCUGAAAAGCAACAGAGUACAGAAAUCAGUACACCAAAGCUUGGCUAUUCUACAAAUGAUGCUGCCCUGAUACAACAAGAUCAAGAUACUCACAUUGAACCAUCAAGGCAAAGUAGGGGGAAUGAUAUUGAGUUGAAGGAAAAGAAAGUUGAGGAGCAAGUGAGAGACACUGAUAAAGUGCAAGGUAUGAAAAUGAAAGGAAACAUUCUUGAUGAUUUACCUAAUUCGAGAGAGCCCCCAAAGAAAACUGAGACUGUAUCCGUGACGGCUAAACAACCUGCAACAACGGAUGAAUCAACAAAAGCAAAAAAGAGUGAGGUUUUAAAGGCACCCAUUUCAUCCAUGGCAAAGGAUACAGUCAACAGUAAACUCACUGAAAGUACAGUGCCCGAAAUGACAAUACCCCAAGCUAAAAAGGAGCCUCAAAAGGUGGAAGGUGAAGACAGAAUGUUUAAUGAUACUGAUACAUUUACGUCUCAAAAGAAUAAAAUACAUGGAAGAGAAACAUUUAACUCAAAAGUUGAGAAAACUGUGCAUGAGACAAAACAAAAAGAUCCUGUAAUGGCUAUCAAACAAGAAUCUGUCUCAGAUAAAGAUGCUCAAACUCUGCAAAAGCAUGUAAAGGGGGAUGAGAAAGGAGGGGAGAAAAGGUCAAAAGAGAAGUUACAUGUUGAAUUUAACACAAGUAAUGAAAUUAUAAACAGGAUGAUGAAGAUGGUUUUAAAAGAUGGCGCUGCCACACAUGUUAAUAAUUAUAGGGAUAAAGUUAGCAGUAUAUGUGAGGAUGUGUGUACUGUUGUAAAACAAGGCCAGGCCUCUUUUGAAGUCCCAAAAAUUCACUUAGAGGACAUUAAAGUGUCUACAGAGGAAGUGUCAUCAAACAAGGAAUUCAUGGUAGACCAGAAAAACCAACAUGAGGUGAUAAAGAAGGAAAAUCUGAAAGAAAAUAAAGGAGCUGUCGUGACUGAACUUGUGGGUGAAAAAGACUUUACAGAGCAAAAUAACUUACUAGUGAAGCCUCUUACAGUCCAAAAUGAACCCAAAACUGUGAAUAAUAUGAAAGGGCACACUGAAAUGGCACGUACAAAUACACAUGAUGUUGGAAAAGAAAUCACACCACUUAAGAAAGACAGUCCAAGUAAAUUAGAAAAGACAGAAAUUAAUACAAGACAAGGAGCAGUAGGGACUCAAGAUAUAAAAGUCUAUGAUAAUAAACAACCCGCACUGAACAGUGACAAAAGGAAGAAAGAAGAACCUGUAUUAAGUCUGAGUGGUCAAAAUGAUGGUAAUUUGAAAGUGAAUGAAAACAGAAGCAUCCUCAGAGGAAAGAAAGAAAGAAAUGUUGAAGCUACGGCGAAAAAACAGGCUGAUCAGACUAAUACAAACCAGUAUCAGUCAGAAACAAAAGGAAGUGCAAGAUAUGAACAGGAGCAUGCUCAGUUAAAUCAACAGGACACAAGGAAAGAAGGUAUAUUAUCCAAACCAGAGGCUACUCAGAGGAACAAGAAGGUGACUAGACCAGAAAUAUCAGCUAUCGCAGACUAUGCAAGAUUGAGAGUUAUCUCUGCUGAAGACGAUACAAAAGAGCUUGAUAUAUUCCCCAAAAUGGACUUCUACAACAGUUAUGAUCAGCCAGUUUUAGGAAUUCAUAAAGACUUGCAUGGAAAUGUGUCUGAUAUAGGGGGAGAAUGUAAAAGAGACAGUAUUUCAAUAGAGAAAGGUCAAAAUCUCAAGCAAAAAACAUCACAAUUUAAAAAACAAACAGAGAAAGAGAUGUUACCUCAAAAACAAAACCACUUGAUUCCCAAUACAGUUCAACUAAAACCUGUAUCACUGGUAGCUUCAGGUUCACAAGAUGAAGCUGCAUCAAUCGGCAACCAAACAUGGGCUCUAACAAAUCAUAAAGAAUCAAACACCAAACCAACUGUCAUGGAGCAUCCAAACAGAGGAGAAAGGAACAAAAUGUAUCAGUCCAAGAAUCCCCAAAGUGUACCACUGCAAGCCGAAGGUACAAUAAGCAGAUCACGACAAAUGACUCAUGACAAAACAACUGAAAAGGGCAAUAUUUCUCAUUAUGGAAGACAAGAAUCUCUUGCAAACUUGUCAUUGUCUGGCACUGUAAAAGCAGCAGACAACCAAAUAAAUAGGGCAUCACCACCUGGAGAAGAAAUGGAAGAACUACAAUAUUACACCGUGAAUGCUCUUGACACUGAAAUACAGCCAAAAGAAGCACCUGAACCACCUCCUCCAAGUCUCAAAAUGUCUCAAAACACAGACUCAGCUGAAAAAUCAGAGGAAGAGAAAAAGGAAGAUAGCUUGUUUUUGCAAAGUCUAACGGACUAUGGUAAAGUUCAUGCUACAGGACCGCGAUCCAACUCUUCUUCUCCAGCCAUGGGGAAACCCAUCAUGUUCAGAGUAAAGGAUAAUACCAUCAGAACAUCAUCUGUGACCAAAACCGUCAAGCCACGCUUUCACAGGUCAUUUUCUGAAGACUUCAGGGUCGGCUCCCCAAAGGAACACUUGACUGGUUCAGAGAAAGAAGAUGAAAUUCAUCCCAUAGAGUCUGCUAACCCACCAGUCUUACAUGAACCAGCUAUUGCUGCCCAUCGGCUCCAUAAAUUAAAAGAGGCACUCCACAACAACUUGUCCUCAGCAGAAUACGCAACAAAACAAUCAAAGAGCCAUCAGAGAAGGAGCCAACAUUUUGAGGAGGAAGAAACUCGUUCUGUCAUCAGCACAAUGUCAGAGGAUGUGGAGAACUGUGCAGUGAGCCUCACAGAUGUGGCCAACAUAAGUUUGGCCUUCAUGCCCAAGCAUGAACGUUACAGAGACACCUACCAAAGGCCUGCGUCUGCCUGCUAUGAACGACCAGAGUCAGCCUGCUAUGAAAGACCAGAAUCAGCCUGUAGUGAUAUAAGGCCACUCGGUAGACCUCCAGUGGUGCCCCCAAAAUCUGAAAAAGCCCUUCGGCGAGCACAAAGACUUACAACGAGGCGUAUGAAGAAGGCAGAGACCCCCAAGUUGGGACCUGAAAGCCAAGAACACCUAGAGUCCAAAUCAAUCAGAAACGUCUCUGGUGUGCCCUCUUCACCUUCAGACAUACUGUCAACACAUCUGGUGGUACAAGCCUCACCUCCUCUUUCACAGUAUGACAUCCAGCCAAAUUACACCCCACCUGCACAUAGUACAGUUGCCCAACCUUUCCCCAUGACACAGAGAAAGCUUUUGCAAGACCCAAACUCAGGGCAGUACUUCAUGGUGGAUGUACCGUUACCAGUUAAGACCAAGACAUUUUAUGACCCGGAAACUGGUAAAUAUGUACAGCUGAAUGUCCGUCAGAGGUCUCAGGGUGCUCUAACACAGCCAGCAUCGUUGGAGAUGUUGAACACUCCCUACAUGCUGUAUCGUGGGUUUCUGCCAAUGGCUUCAUCUUCAUUACCACCCUUGAGGUCAUCAUCUGAAUUGUCAACACCAGCAGACAACCAGGAUACAGUAGAGAGAGGUGGUGAACCGUGGAGACAGAAUGUUUAUCUGCAGAAUAAUAACAGAGAUUCCCAGCAAUACCCUGAUAUGCUGUACGGGUCACAUGAGCAAAUUCACAAUCCAUCUUUGUAUUCAGAAAACAGUAUCGACAACAUUGAAAGACACACAGAUAUUAUAACUAUGAGUGAAUUAGAGGACUUUGCAAUGGAGAGCACAUGACAAGUAAAGUUGGUUGUUUAGAUAGGUAAAUACUUUGUACACAAAUCUGAAGCUAAAUGACUGUAAAGCUAAGCUAUUUAAAUGUGACUUUUAAAUAAGUUACAAGAGUUCUUAAAACAUUUUUUGAUUUGUAUUUAAGGAUUGCUGUUAAACCUCAUUUGUGUUUUGUAGCUGAGGUGACCGUAAUUGUGGUAGGCAGGGCUCUUUAUUGUCAAAAAAGUCAAGGGAAGAACUGUGAAGCAUUCCAAUUAAUUAUGUUGUGUUGAAAAUAAUUUUGCAGUGUACUUGUUUAUAAAACAAUAAAGACCAUGCCCACUGAGCACAUUGUAGAUUCAGGGGAAGUAUAUUUCUCAAGUGACUUUUUAGUGGUAAUGCUAAGGCCUUUUCCUUAGACCCAGCCAGAAUAAAAGCAAACCAAAUGGCCCACAGUAUGCAUGAAAAUUGUACACUAAGUUUGUCAGGUUUAAAACUCAGUUUAAGGGUUAAUUACUUGCCAUAUUAAAACAACUUUUCUCUUGAUGUGCUUUGGCAGGUUACAUAUUAAAAAGGGGUGGUCUGUCUUUACCUUGCCAUGGUUGUUGAUGUAUGACUAUAAAAUGAUUGCCUUAUAAACAACUACUUGCAAUGUACUACUUUUACAGUAUUUCAGAAACUCAUUACAACAUCAUUAAAGAAAGAUGUUAAAUCACAAUUUGUUGGUUGGCUGUUGUUUUCUCACAUAGAUCCCUUUAAACAGGCAAUGCAUUAAAAAACAUUAAAAAAUAUCAGAUGUAAACUUGAGAAUGAGCUUCGUUGCAUUCUUUACCCCAGUGCUGUGAUAUACUGUAUUUGCGGGUUUGAGUGAAUUCAGUAUCUGCACAAUAGACCACUCUAGUGGACAAAGGGUGCAUAGCUCUUUGUAUGUACAAACUAUAUUCUCUAGUAAAUCAAUAAAUUAUGUUA